AUGCGAGCAAGGCUAUCUGGAGGUCACUUCAGAAUGUUAAAUGAAAAACUGUACACCUGCAGGUUGGUAUUUUCCUCAAAACUCAUUUUUCAUCCUUGUGUCUAUUUCAUAUCAUUUUGUCUUCAAAUUCAAUACCAAGGAACAGUCGUUUACUACCAUAUAUUAUAGUAGUUAUGUCUUCCCCUAAUAUUAUUCUGUUUUAUACCACAUGCCUCAGAAGUUAUUAUUUCAGUAGUGCACUAUUGUGUUUGAAAGUCAUACAUUAAUUAUUGAGGGUUGAAUGCCUAGUUAUCAUACAUAAUCUACUGGGUUGGAUUGAUGGAUGUUUGGUGAAAUGUUUUGGCUAAAAAGGGAAGCAAUAAAAUUACUAGGUUUCUUUUUUCAUGUACUUAGCAGCAACAGAGUGUUGCACCUAGGAUUGGGCUGCUUAAAUCUGUCAUUGUCCAUGCAGUUUUUCCUUCUAUUAAUUGAUCUCGAAAGUUAAAAGUGGACUGUUGAGAAAGUUAAACAUGUAUACUCAUCAAAUGCUUUUAUGUUCAUAUUAUUUUUUUAGGUAUAACAUUUUUGUUCAAUCUUUGGCUGGUAGUUGUUUUGGGGAGAAUUAGAUAUCCUCAUACUAAAUUUGUAUUAUUAUAUUCCAGUUUUAUUUUUUGAAAGUCUCGGUGAUUCGUUUCAAAUUCUGGUUGCUUGGUACCAAUCCUAUGAGAUAUACUUUUCUUGUGGGCUGGAAGCGGAUAGAAAGAGUUGGGCUUUGAUCUUGUCUGAUCACGAGGUGAGGAGGGCAUGGAAUUGGCUAAUCCAGGUGCAAAUUCUGUACGGAAACUGGAGGGUGGACGGUUGAAUUACUUGUGUUGGGGUAAUGCUCUUCAGAAUAAAUAACUAUGCAUGCCUUUUGGGGCAGAUUGAGGUGAUUAAUAUACUGGAGGUUGGUUUUAUUGUUGAGAAUGGGGUCUGGGCUAGGAGUGAACAGCUAUUAAAAAGGUGUAAGAACCAAGAGUGUAGGAAGAGAGAUGUUGGAAAAGAGCUUACGUUGGUUCAGUUUAAUUGGAGUUUAGAACUCUAUUUAUGUAAUAUUUAGCUCAUAAUCUCGUAGUUACAUUAUCGGAGUACAGGGCCGCCUGGGCUGCUUCGCUCCCUAGAUCUUUAUAUACAUUGGAUUACAUUUUGUUGGGUUACCUAAAAGACGACCUAAUGCAGAUUGUGCUAAUAUCUAUAGACACUUCUUAAUCCCUGCCCCUAAACAAAUUGAAAACUCAGAGGAGCUUCCUUGGCUAUGUCUCUCGACAUCUUCAGUUAGUAUCUGCCUCCCCCAUUGUCAAUAAAUAAAGAUAAAAAGAGAUAUAUGACGGUGGCUGCCUAGAUGGUUGUGGUGAAGAAAACGUUUUUGAGUUACAGCUAGACAAGAUGUAGACUUUGAAACGCCAAGGAAUCUGAAAUGGAAGUUCAGAGUGCCAUCAAUGAAGUUCAAUUCCAAAUUGGUGAAGGUUUAUAUGAUAAGUCAAUUGUAAAAAAGGAGAACAAAUCUAAUGUGAUAGUAAAAUGAUAUUAAUGAUCAUGUUGAAUUAUUAGAUAAAUUGGAAAUGUGGAUCGGACCCUUUGGGUAAAGAUUAGGAAGCCAGUGAGUGGUCUAAUAACACAGGGUGAAUGUAGUGCUCUACAAUGUGGCUGUUCUCCGGCCACAUCCCACUUUCUCACGGUAUGUAAUUUAGUGUGUUCUAUUCUAUAUCUGCUCAUAUUACAUUAUAAUGAUAUCUGUUGCCUAUUCUUUUAUCAUUAAAAAUAUACUUUACAUAUGUUUAAUAUAACGUUGAUUUUUUGAGAAAUAGCUAGUGGGCUUAGUUUUUUGUGUAUCUUAUAUAUUAACCCUUUGCCUUCAUUUAUCGUCUCGUCAGUGGGAGUGAAGCAUUCGAAUUUUUCAAGGAAUACCCAGAACUUUUUGAUGCGGUAAAGUAUUUGUUCUCAGAUCAUUUUCCUUCUCCUGCCUCUUGAAUUUUAUAAUUAUGAAAUUUCCAUACGAUUUAGUACUGUUAGUCAGUUUCUAGAUUUCUGUUGCGUUCCUAUCUCAAAUAGAGAUUCACAGGAUCUUGAAAUGUGGGAAGAUACAUCAAGGCUUGAAAGCUUCACUCUCUGAAGUCGGUGGAAAGGCUCGUUGGUCUUGGGCUUUCCAUUUAUCUUGUAAGGCCAUAAGACUAUAACAUGUGGAAGUACACCAUAAGGCUGUAUCGGAUGAAUUUUAGAUGAAUCUGAUAAACAUCAGAUGAGUUUUACAACGAUCAAUUCAAGGCCUCUUUUUCCUUCAGCUUUUUUUUUUUUUUUUACCCCAUCAACCUCUGAUGGUUUCACACCGAUUUUCUUUCAAAUUAUUGAACCUUUUUUUUCUCUGAGGAUCAACACACCAAUUGAAUGCUAUAAUAUUCAUGCUGUUUUUUUUGUAUGAAUUGCUAUUUUGGGUUACCCUGAUCCUUGAUUUUGAUGCUGUUUUCUUGGCUUUGUUAUUGAUAUCCCACGUUUCUUCUAGUAUCAUGCAGGGUAUGGGCAGCAAAUGUCACGCUGGCCAGAGCAACCGGUGAAUGUGAUCAUCAAAUGGUUGCAAUCUCAUAGCCCUGCCCUGGUGGUUGCUGAUUUUGGCUGUGGUGAGAUCAUAACAGUGUUUUUUAGUAUGAUAUCUAGAUUGUUUCUCUUCCCAUUUUUCCAUUUUUUUUUGAAAUUUGUGCAGGUCUAAAUUCACGAAAAAUAAAACUCAGAAUGAAGAUGAGGAUAUGGUGCUGAAGAGCACAGAUUGCUAUGAAAUGAGGACAAUAUAAAAUAAAUAAAUAAUUUUUUUUUCUAGCAUAUCCCUUUCUCCUUCCAUGGAUUGGAUGCCGAAUGAUCACAUUAUGAUAAACAUCGUAAUCCAAAUCGUAACAGAAGAGACAUUUGAGGGACUUCCAAGAAGCAUUGUCGACUAACUCGAGUAAAGAAUACUGAUGCAAAUUUCAUAGAUAUUUUAAAUAAAGGCGUAAAAAUAAAUGGCCACACAGCCCAUAAACCGUCUCUCGGAAGCUUUCUUUGGAAUUUUUUGUUACAUUUAUGAUUGUUUUCUCCCAAUGCACGAUACCUUGCUGAUCUGUCAUCAAUUUUCAGGGAAUGCAAGCCUUGCGAGAAGUGUGAAGAACAAAGUUUUCUCCAUUGAUCUUGUCUCGAUGGACCCAUCAGUGAUUGCCUGUGACAUGGCUAAUGUAAGACAUACCUGUUCUUACAAAGCACCAUAUAUGAAAGUUUCCAUAAUGAAAUAAAUAUAUUUUUCUGCUGACCAUUUGCUGACUCUGCAAAGCCUCCCCGGCUCAGGCAGCUAGGAUGAUUUUUAUCCAAAAGAAGUAAAAAAAAAAAAAAAAAACUAAAUGAAGAAAAUUACUUCUCAAUCAGAUUAUUUCUGGUUUUUUUGACUGGCAGUGCUUCAUGGAUCUUCCUUCUUCCUACCAGCUUAACCUGCUCUUGACUCUACUCCCAUAUCCAUAUCCCCUUCUUCUCCAGACACCGCUGGACUCUCUCUCUGUGGAUGUCUCAGUCUUUUGUCUCUCGCUGAUGGGAGUCAACUUCCCGAAUUACUUAGUAGAAGCAAACAGAGUUCUCAGACCUGGGUCAGUAAGCAUCUGCAAUCUAAUUCAAGGGAUAAUUUGUUAUCAAGUGAUGAUCACAUACGUUUUGCUAUGUUUUUCUUUCUUCUCCAUUAUCAGAGGCUGGCUCUUGAUUGCGGAAGUGAGGAGCCGGUUGGAUCCAGCUACUGGGGGUGCAGACCCUGAUAAGUUUUGCAACGCGGUCCAGAGGCUUGGGUUUUCUAUUGUCUCCAGGGUUUGAGCAAUGCCUGCAUUCCCACUAAGAAUAUUGCUACCCGAUUUCUCCCCUCAUUUUUCUGAUUGAUGGGUUCUCUUUUUCCCAGGAUUUUUCGAACAAAAUGUUCGUUCUUUUCUACUUCAGGAAAAAGGUGUCUGCCCUGUCGAUUUCGAUUGAUGAUUGCACUUAUUGAAGAUCUUAUUGCCUAAUCUUCCCAUUUCUUGCUCCUCUUCAGAAGGAAGCACCUGCGGAGGCCAAGGGCAUCAGCUGGCCAGAAUUGAAACCUUGUUUAUAUAAACGGCGAUGA